GUACAAGACCCCGCCUCUUAUACCACGCCCAUUAAAAUGGCUGCCGAGGAGACCCCAGAGGGCUCUUCGUGGCAAGAGAUUGACUCGCCUCCUUUCAAGCAAGCAGUGUCUGACCUUCGCUUUGUAAACAUAUCCAUAAAAUGCUACGAGAAGAAGACCGGGAGCGGCUUCAAGGAGGAGUACUACGCGUACAAAAUACUUGCCAUUUUGUCAAAGACUGAUGGAGAUGAGACAGAGCCCAGCUCCUCCUCUCGGACUCGUUAUGAGACCUGGAGGCGUUACAGUGAAUUUGAGAUGCUCAGAAACUUUAUGCAAUUUGUCUACCCACACGUUGUGAUGCCACCACUUCCGGAGAAAGCUAUCAGGGGAAGUGCCAAUUUACUGAACAAGAUCACCUUCUCAGGCGAAGACGUUGAGUUUCUUCUCCAGAGGCAGCAUGCACUAGAAAUUUUUUUAGUUAGAAUAUCUCGUCAUCCAGUUCUAUCAAAGAAUGUGUGGUUUCACGAGUUUUUAAAAACCGUCAGUUGGAAAGAGAAGUUGCUCCAAAGUGGCUACAAUGGAAAAGGCAGCGAGACAUUAUUCCAGUCGUUAUCUCUCCAACUCUCUAAGCAUGGUCCAGACAGUCGUUUCCAAGAUGCUAAAGCAUAUGCUACAGAUCUUGACACUAUUCUUAGAACAAUUCUUGAAAUUAGACAAAAGUUGAAUUCUUCCAUGACAUCUUUGUAUAAAGUUCACAGUAAUUAUGGAAGAAUCUUCAAUGAGAUGAGUCUGGUUGAAGAUAAACUAGGUACUCCACUGCAAGUUGCUUCAGGUUGCCUUGACAACUAUGCAGAUUCCAGUGAUAGUUAUUUUAAUGAAGAGGAAAGUCGUUUUUAUCUUCCAAUUAAAGAGUACAUUGGAUUUUCUGAGAGCCUAAAGUCACUCACUAGACGGCAUGAAGUGCUGCAGAAGCAGCUGGAAAAGGCGGAGGAGUUGGUGUCCAGUAGAGCCGAAUCACGGAAUACUUUACUGAAGAAUAACCCUGAAGAGGGUGGGACUGGCGGAAAGAAGUUUUCAUUUAAGAGUCUCUCUGCUCGUCUCCGUGGUGAGGACAUCUCGUACGAAGGACAGAAAGCAACUGCAGAGAGAGAACUAACUGACGCUGAAGAAGCACUCACAGACAUACAGAAAGAGUUUGACGAGUUCACUCGUGAUGCUUUACAAGAAUUAGAAAACUUCAAUGAUCAAAAGUUUGGUGACUUCCGUAGCAUGCUGAUAAAUUAUGUUCAGCUCCAGCUUCACAUUCACAAGAAAGGCAUGACUACGUGGCAGAGAAUAAAAGACGGUUUUGAGACUGAGAAUUGAACUUGUUUUUAGUUUUAAUUUGUUAAUGCUAUUAUAUUUUAUGUUUGCAUAUGCUUACUUUAUUAUACUCUAAGAACGGGCUGCCCCCUGUUCUAUUUAUGUGUAUGUAAAUAAGAGUGAUAACAAAAUAUUUAUUUUGAAGCAAGAAUCUCGUUUUAAAUUCCAA